AUAUUUAUAUGGGCAGAGUGUUUAUUUAUUUUUUACAUGUUGCCAUCAUUUAUAGACAUUUAGCUUUUAAACAAAUGAACAGACUAUAGUUUUAACCUCAUUCCUAUCGUGUUUUCAGUAGUGGAGUCUGCUCAGUUGUCGACGACGGUAGACGCAGUGAGGCGGUCCUGAUAAGUGUACCAACAAAUAAGUCUGUCUUUAGUUAGCUUUGUUGUAUUAUUUCAUAAUUUAUCAGGGUUACCAACUACUGGGUAGAGUUGUAAUGGCUUCAUCGGAUGUUGCUCGGAUGCCGGAGAAAGCAGUCCGGCCCCUGGGCCUGGCUGGCCAUGUGGGCUUUGACAGCCUCCCAGACCAGCUUGUCAACAAGUCUAUCUGCCAGGGCUUCUGCUUCAAUAUUCUCUGCAUCGGUGAAACCGGCAUCGGGAAGUCUACCCUGAUGGAUACUCUAUUCAACACGAACUUUGAGAACUUUGAGUCGUCCCACUUUGAGCCUCAAGUGAAGCUGCGGGCCCAAACCUACGACCUGCAGGAGAGUAAUGUCCGGCUACGCCUCACUGUGGUCAACACUGUGGGCUUCGGGGACCAGAUGAAUAAACAGGAGAGCUAUCAGCCGGUGGUGGACUACAUCGACAAGCAGUUUGAGAGUUAUCUUCAGGAGGAGCUUAAAAUCAAACGCUCUCUCCACAACUACCACGACUCGCGUGUCCACGCUUGCCUCUACUUUAUCUCCCCCUCGGGUCAUUCACUCAAAUCUCUGGACCUGGUCACCAUGAAGAAGCUCGACAGCAAGGUGAACAUCAUCCCAGUGAUCGCUAAAGCCGACACCAUCAGUAAGAGCGAGCUGCACAAGUUCAAGAUCAAAAUCAUGAGCGAGCUGGUCAGCAACGGGGUCCAAAUAUACCAGUUCCCCCUCGACGACGAGACCGUCGCUAAGGUCAACACUACAAUGAAUGGUCUUUUGCCUUUUGCGGUAGUGGGCAGCACCGAGGAGGUCAGCGUGGGCAACAAGAUGGUGAAGGCUCGUCAGUAUCCCUGGGGAGUGGUUCAAGUGGAGAAUGAGAGUCACUGUGACUUUGUGAAGCUGAGGGAGAUGCUCAUCUGCGUCAACAUGGAGGACCUGAGGGAGCAGACACACACUCGACAUUACGAGCUGUACAGACGCUGCAAACUUGAAGAAAUGGGAUUCCAAGAUACCAACCCAGAGUGCAAACCCGUCAGCUUGCAGCAGACCUACGAGGCCAAGCGGCAGGAGUUCCUGGUGGAGCUGCAGAAGAGAGAAGACGAGAUGAGGCAGAUGUUCGUGCAGAGGGUGAAGGAGAAGGAGUCUGAGCUGAAGGACGCUGAGAGAGAGCUGCAAAGUCGCUUUGAGCAGCUGAAGCGUCUCCAUGCCGACGAGAAAGCGACUCUGGAGGACAAGAGGAGGAACCUGGACGACGACCUGAGCUCCUUCGGGAAGAGACGAGCGGCCGCCCAGCUGCUGCAGGCCCAGAGCCUCACCGCCAACGGCAAGAAGGACAAGGACCGCAAGAAGUAAGAGGCCUCUCUUAUCUGUAGGCAGUGAGGCUCUGGCUUCAUGUGAACACAUCGGGAUCUGAAGUACACUCCAGUAUAACCAGUGACACGCUGGCCACCAUCUUUCCUGCCCUUUGUGGCCAGUCUCAAACACUAACCAUGCAGGACCCCCCUCCCACACACACACACACACACACACACACACACACACACACAUACAUACAUACAUACAUACAUACACACACCAGCAGUGUGUGCAGGUUUCUGCCAAAGUGUAAUGACUGUACCCAUGAAUCCUGUGUACACUUUCUUAAAUGGUAUUUUUAAUCUUCUUUGUGGGUUUUAUACCUCUGUGUAAUAUUUUAUAUUUAUCCUUUUGUACACAUAUACAACUGUUAUUUUCCAUAUACCUCCCUUACCUUUGAUGUUGUACUUGUGCCCUGAAUGAGGGACUCUUUACACAGCCUCCUCCCCUAAUGCUGUACAUUGAUCAAAGGAAUUACCAACAUUAUAUUGAAAGGGACCUCUUCACAAACAUUUAAUCUGUUUUGUAUUGCAGUCAGCUAAUGAGAAAGACAUCUGUCACAUGCUUCUUAUUUAUUAUUAAGCCCCUUUCUGACAUACAUAUCAUUAGGACAUUUGAGUCCAUACGUCUAGAUAAAUGCCACUCUCUUUGCCAUGAGAGUGUAUCAGGUCAUCAGUAAAGAGAGAUAAACAAUCACUUAAUUAUUUCUGCAGCUCACAGCUGUUCUCCAGCAGUGAAGUGUGAGUAAUAGUCCUGUCAUGUUUAAAAAGAGCCGUCAGUGAAUAAUUACACCACUGAGACCUAUAUUCAACAGAUUUGUAGCUAAAUCCAGCACGGCACCAGAAUCCGUGUCUGAAAGGGCUUUAAGUGAUCUUUCUCAAAGCUGUUUGAAUGCAUUCAUCAUCAGGGGCGCGGGGGGGCAUUAUAACUCCUUAUCCUUUUCCUGUAUUAUAUCCGAGUGUUUUUCUCACAUCUCCUUUAUGCUCAAACCAUGAACACACCAGCGUCACAGAACCCUGCAGGAGCAACAGUGUUGGUCCAAUCCCAGUUUUCUAGUCUGAGGCUUGGUUUUGUAUUAGGUACAUGUUACAGCAUAUAUUUAUAUACAUUGUUUUAUUUUGCUCCCAUAUUUUCUUACUGACACAAACAGUCGAAGUUUGCAAUGCAGUCUGCCUGAAAAGAGAGACUCAUGAGGAAAUGCUUUACGCGGAGUCAGUGUUUGUUGACGGGAAGAUGCAUUUGUGACUAUUUUUUAUAAUGAGACAGGGUUUCACACUUCAAAGCAUUUGUUCAGUACAGAGUAAACCACAACAAGUGUGAUUUAUAAACCAACAUUUACUCACAAACAUUGCCACUUUAUAUAUUUACACUAGUGCUUGAUGUUAGUGCCUUAUCUGUGUGAAGCUUACUUACACUUAACUCGUACAUCCAGGGAAACACCGAUUCCUAACAGAGUAAAUCUUGUUUAAGACACAUUUGUACUACGCUUAUAUUUAUGGAAUAAACAGUGUUAUUUGGGAGCUUUCUUCUUUUAAAUAAAUCCUUGUAUUUUUGUCAUGA